UACUGGCUGACGUUUGUACCAACAUCGUUGCAGGCAAUAACAAGUCAACUGGAGAAAUACUGUGGUUGUCUGUGGCGCCCACCUCUACUACGGCUUCCUCACCAAUACCUGGAAAUUCCACCAUUCGUGUGAUGGGUUUUGGGAAACCCCCGGCACCAUGCACUAGAGGUUCACCACAACCCCUAGUCUAGGAAAGCUGUAUUCACACCAUCACUAGUUUAGUUGCUUUCCAAACUUCAGCUUAACAUGAUUUUCUCUUAGUGUUAGUUCCGAAAAUCAGCGCCAAACCGGUAUGGGCCAUACAACGACUUGGCUGACUGAGCGAGUCUCGCAUCCAAAGCAGAACCAGCGAGACCUGGCGUGUGCCAGCCUCUCAAAGUCACACAAUAGGCCAAUAAAACUGACGCAGGCAACCCUUCCCGGUAGGGCCCUCCCUCGGUGCCACCAGUGCCACACAAGUUAUUCUCAUGAACACGUAGUGCAUGCAACUCCCCCAUUAGCUUGGUAGUAUCAUAGCAGUAAUAUGGUCAAAUGAGGAAGGUGGAUUAAGCAACAGCGCCCCCACCCAGGCAAGCAGGCAGACAGCAGCAGCAGCAGCAGCCGACGCCUGGCACCCAGUGUUCAGUGUGCCGGUGACGGUGGAGGUGACUGGACUUGGAACCCCCCUCAGAGCGCGCUCAGCACACCCGUUGCUCUCACCCACAACACACCCGCCCCCCACAAACCCUUCCUAGGACCCCCGUAAAUAUCCCACCGGACCUCCGAAGCAAGUAUGAGGACUCUUCUCGCGCUCGCCGCCGUCGCCACAGUCGUGGGCUCAGUGUCAGCCAUUAAAUGCUACGUAUGCAACAGUCACCAGAGUGCAGACUGCAAGGACCUCUCUACGGCCAAGUCCAAGGAGUACCUGCAGGAUUGCGGAGACUUGAAAGACGGAGAAAAAUAUACUCUUUGUCGGAAACUCGACAUGUACUUAGACAUGGAUUUUGGCAAAGAGCACCCAUCAGAGAACCGGGUGCACCGGGCGUGUGGCUACCAGGAGAACGCGGACACGGAGAAAACCUGCUACUACAAGAGCGGUUACAACACACGCACCUGGGUCUGUGCUUGCAAGGUCGACGGCUGCAACACCGCCUCACUGCACACUGCUGCCACGGCUGUUCUCCCCCUCGCUGCCAUUGCUGCCGUCCUCAGGGGGGUCUACUAGCCCCCUUCAUCUGCUGCUGCUGCUCCUCCUCCUCUCCCCUUCCCUCUCCCGUCUUCUCACACCCAUUACUUCUCUUUCUGUUUGUAGUUUUCAACAUGCCAUUUGACACCUUUUCCUGAUUUCCAUUGUUACCGAUUUCUUCUCCUUGUCUUCCCACCACCACCACCGUCACCACCUUUCCUAUUGCUGCUGCUGUUGCUUCUACUGCUGGUGUUGUUUGCUCAGCGUCUCCACCACCUUCUUCCCCUCCCACACCCGCCUUUCCACCCCUUAUCUUACCCCAUGUUAGCUGGUAGUGGAGGCACCAAUAGUCAGUCAAACUUCCAAGACAUGAACACGCACCCCACCACCAACCAGUCUCUUGUUGCGGCUACAAGUGGGUUCGCUUCAUCAGUUAGUCCAUACUGUAUCUUUCCCUCCGUUUUUUAUCGGAUUCAUCGAUGAAAAAAAAUAUUU